AUGCUCACAUUACGCGACACUGCCACUACCCUUUCAUCUGCUUCUUACUGCGAACACUACCGACCUUCCUCUCAUCUAGUACACAGCGAAGCAACAAUGACUUCACUCAGUAAUAUCUCAAUUCCAACAUCUCACUCUGAUAGUGUGUCAAGAUCGCAACUCACAUCGGUACUACGAAAGCGGCAUUCCUUGGGACCGGCAUCACAAGACACAAAGGCCACACGCGCACAAGCAACCAAAGUCUGUUCGUUAAAAUCAACCACACCAGACCAUUCACCCAAACCUUUGUCUCCCAAUGCAUCCACGCCGAUACGGUGUAAUACAUCACAGCCAUUACUAGAUGUGAAGGAAUUACAAGUGACAAACACAGUUCAUAGUGGAAGAAAGACUUCGAUAAGCUUAAAUCUCUUUAAGCCGUCUCUUACGGACUCGGAGUCGCAGUCUCCGGCGUUCAUGAUAACAGACAGCAAACCAAUCACCCCGACAGCGGGUCAGUCAAUUUCGCCGGGUUCAAAUCAGUCAUCAGAUUAUUUCUCGAAUGCUGCCCAGACAUGUUCACCAGCAGCUGUUCCUCUGACUCCUUUCGCAAAUCAAGUAGGCGGUCAUACCUCAUUCUUACGAUUCUCCCGACGCGCCGUGUGUAAGCCGUUAGCAAGACGCGAGAAUCAGUUUUACGAGAUAUUAGAAAUGCAACAUCCUGAACUAUUAUCGUUUGUUCCUAAGUACUUAGGCGUACUGAAUGUAACUUACCGAGAAGAGGAAGGUGUUGGAAGCAUGCCGGUAGUAUCGCUAGAGCGUAACAAACAUUUAUUGCCAAAAUGGUUUCUCAAAAAAGUGGAGAGAAACAACAUUAGUGAUAAUAUUUCCAAAGUUCAUAAAGAUACUCAUGGAAAAGAUCUUUCUUCUACCCUGCAUGGUUCUACCAGAGUUAAUAAGAAACUCCAACAACAAGUUCUCCAAGAAGUUUUCUCUCCCCGUGCUCUGCGUGCUCGCAUGCAACAAAGCCAAGCAGUAAAUUACCAAUCAUCUGCCCUUCGCCGACAUUCAAUGACCAGUCUAUCUACUCUAAAGCCGCUCGAAAAUUCCAGGCCGGAGAUGUCGCGUAGUUAUACAGAAAGUGGUGGCACAGAAGACGAUGAAAAGGCAGUGAGGCGCUCAUCAUCGUCGCCUGGAAGUGCCAUAGAGGACCUUAUGGAUGUAGAAGAAAGCCCGGAUGAGGACAUUGGCGAUAACAUAUGUGAUGAAAAGAGUGGGAUCGAUAUACCGGAUAGUGGAAGAACUCAAGGAAGAGUGUCUACUGUGGAUCAUGAACCCGAUUCCGAAGAAUAUUCUACCGCUUUUAAAAGUAGUCCUACUUUGUCGGAAACUCAAAGCAUCUUCGACAUGGAGGAAGAUAGUCCACCGUUUUCGAGUUCUUUAUCGCCGUCACAAUCUUCUCCCACUCGUCAUACACCAGCAAGUACAUUAAGAUCUUCGUCUUUUCCCGAGAUUUCUUUCUCUUCUCCCAGUCCUCCUGCAUCGUCUUCGUCUUCACUGUGGGCGAAAACAAAUAACCCUUGGUCAUUACAUUGUUAUACUGCACAAUUAAGCAAGUUACAAGGUAAUAAUGCAGAUAAACAAAAUGCGCAACAGUUUAUUUUGCUUGAAGAUUUGACCGAAGGAUUACAAUAUCCUUGUGUGUUGGACCUGAAGAUGGGAACUAGACAGCAUGGAGUCGACGUCUCGCCAGAGAAACGAAUCAGUCAGAUGCAGAAGUGCGCUAAGACUACGAGCGCUACGUUGGGAGUUAGGAUUUGUGGUAUGCAGGUAUACAAAACAACCACUCAUGAAUUCGAAUUUCAAGAUAAAUACUACGGUCGCACAUUGAAGCCUGAAACGUUCGUUAUGGCUUUGGCCAACUUUCUGCACAACGGUGAACACAUAAUUACUCACCACAUCCCAACCAUUGUUCGCAAACUCCGGUGUCUUGCAAAAAUCAUACGCUCUCUCGAUAAUUAUCGCUUCUACGCAAGUAGUCUCCUCCUCAUUUACGACGGUAAUGAAGCCAAUUCAUCCGAGAUUGAUAUCAAAAUCAUAGACUUUGCUCACUGCACUACUGGAAACGAUCAUCGACCCGAGGAGGUGCGGUAUCCACCCACACAUAAAGGAUUUGAUAUCGGAUAUUUGGUUGGAUUGAAGAAUCUAUGUAGAAGUUUCGAGAUUAUAUUUAAAGAUGCUACUGGGGAGUUGUUAGGAGAUAUUGGGGAGGAUGAAGGGGAUGUAUUUAAGGGAAUUAUGACGCCAAGUGAAGAGGCUCUUGGCGGAAUUCGGUUGGAGAGGAAAUCGUCACUUGAGUGA